GUGAAGAAAUCUUGAAGACCAGAAAUUGCAACUUACUGAAUUUUAAAUUAAAAAAAAAAAAAAAAAAAAUUAAAAUUGUCCGGCUGUGGAAGAUGGAUCCUCAUUUUUGCAGCCACUUUGAAUCACAAGUUCAUCUUUAAAUGCACUGGGUUUUUUUGUUGUUUUUUUUGGUGGUUUUUUUUUUUUUUGAAGAGCUAACUAACCCUGGCUGUCUCCAGUCUGACAGUAUUCAAAUGGACUUGCUUCCUCCAUUAGUUGUAAGAUGUUUAAAAGCACAUCCUAUGUUUGAAUUGUGGAUGAGAGGUUCCCUUGGCAAUGUGAGGAGGAAAAUUCUUUCUACCCCUUUAUUAUUAAUUCACGGAUUCAGUGUUGGUUCGGCCUACAGGAGAAGUUAACUGGAAGUCUUUGAAGAUCAAUAUCUUUGCUGAAGUUGCCCAGGGUUGCUUUUAAAAAGAAGAUUUCACUGAUCAAGCCAGUAGAAGACUUUCAGUGCAAGAAAGAGUGAAGCCAGCUCUUGCCAAGAGUGGAGGAAGUCCCUGUUGAGCAAACCCUUAGAACCUGAGCUUGUUCAAAGAAUUUAUCCAUUAUGUCUAACCAAGGAGAUGAUUGCUACUUCUAUUUCUAUUCCACAUGUAACAAGGGAGACAGCUGUUCCUUCCGCCACUGUGAAGCCGCUCUGGGGAAUGAAACAGUCUGCACGCUGUGGCAGGAGGGUCGCUGUUUCAGGAAUAUCUGCAGAUUCAGACACAUGGAAAUCGAUAAAAAACGCAGUGAGAUUCCUUGCUACUGGGAGAAUCAGCCAGUAGGCUGUCAAAAAUCCAACUGCGCUUUUCAUCACACAAAAGGACGUUAUGUUGAUGGACUCUUCUUACCGCCAAGCAAAACUACUCUUCCGAGUCCACCCGAGUCUGCAGAAGAUGAUGUGAAAAUGGCUCAGAUGUCACUGCAGCAAAACAAACUUUCCGUCCAGUCAAAUCCCUCUCCACAGCUGAGGGGGGUGAUGAAAGUGGAAAACUCUGAAAAUGUUCCAAGUCCUACACAUCCUCCUGUUGUAAUCAAUGCUGCAGAUGAUGAUGAAGAUGAUGAUGACCAGCUUUCUGAAGAAGGAGAUGAAACUAAAACACCUGUCCAGCAACCAGCGACAGAAGCCCAUAAUGGAUUGCGGAUAAUAUCCACUAGGAAAUCCAAUGCUAAUACAAAGCAAGAUGACAAUUUAAAUUUCGGAAUAAAAACACUUGAGGAAAUCAAAUUGAAGAAACUAAAGGAAAAAACAAAAAAACAAGGUGGUCCUUCAGGAGUUUCUGUUCAUCCGCUCCAAUCCCGGACCGUUCCUGUGCCAGAAAAGGAAAAUGUACGGACCGUAGUGAGAACUGUGACUCUGUCUACAAAGCAAGGGGAGGAGCCUGUGAUUCAACUGAAUCUUGCUGAGAGACUGGGAAAACGGCAGACCUCCAUAGCUGGUAAAAGCAUCCUUCCACUAAAGCGCAACCUUGCUGAAAGGCUGGGGAAGAAGAUAGAGAUUCUGGAGAAUGCUGACAAAGCGCCAAAGAAAGUUCAAGUCCCCAAGUCUCUGAAGGAGAGGCUGGGAUUGCCCUCUGAACAGACCAGUACAGAGACAGAGAAGGCUGCUAAGCCAUCGGGAGAGAUCCAUGUGAAAACACUGGAGGAAAUUCGUCUUGAGAGAGCUAAUCAGAGACGAGGAGACACCCAAGCUAAACCCCAGACUGAAGGACGUUGUAAAACAGAAGAUCCCAGCUCGGGGGCGAGACCUUCCCCUGUGGUUCGCAUCAAAACUUUCUCAGGAGUCCUGGCUGGAAAAAAACACAAGCGAUUGGAAGAAGAGAAGCAAAAAACAGAAGAGGUUCCUUCCAAGACAAAAGUUGAGAGUGAGCCCAAGAAGCAGAGCAUACUUGCUCCAUCUGUGCCUGGCAAAGUGCAGCUGGCAGAGCCGGCAGGAAAAGCCAAGCCAGCAGAAGUGCGUAUUAAAACCUUGGAAGAAAUCAAGCAGGAGAAAGCUCUGCGGAUGCAGCGGAGUGGAGAAAAUGUGCCAGCUCCACCAGCACAACCAGAACCUGCCCCGACAGGGAGGAGAUUGUUACGGAUCACAAAGCUGACAGCACCUGGAAGAGAAGAAAAGAAGGUAGUGGACUUGAGCAAGUCCUCUCCCAAAGCUGUCUCUGCACCUGCUGAGCCCUCGGAUCAGAGUGCAGCUAAUUCUAAAGUUCAAGUGAAGAACCUUGAAGGAAUAAUGAGGGAGAAGCGGCAGCUGAAACGGCGCCAAGAAGAGAAGCUUCAGAAGGAAGCAGCUGCUGUGCCAUCUCCUGUUGAAAAAGCAAUCAAGGAUAAAACUCCAGCAUCAGGGAGUCCUGAAGCCACUGUGGUUUCAGGGUCAGCUUAUCAACUUGUGAAGAGGAUAUUGGUGAAAUCUCCGGAAGAUGGUCUUGAAAGCCCAGGAAAGGAUGCUGCUGUAUCACCAGGGAAACAGGCAGCUCUACAUCUGGAACGGAAAGCUGAAACCAAAUCUAAGGUGUGCCUGAAGCCUUCGGAAGGGAAAGCUACCUCCCCCACAAAGCAGACACUGAAGCGUAAGGCAACUGAGAGCCAUCCCUCUGCUGUGGCGGCUGUGAAACCAUUGAGUGCCACUGGUGGUGACACGAAGGAGCCUUCAGCUAAAAAAGCAGCUGUGGCUGUUGUUCCUGCUUUGCCAGAGGACAGCCUGGUCUCCAUACCCGGGAGAGAAAAACCCCAAACCAGUCCUGAACUGCAUAUUGGAAGCCAGGCAGACUCUGUGGCGCAGUCAGAAGUCUCAAGCUCAACUUCAGCUUCUUCAGUAGCGGCAAAGACGCGUCGGCUGAGCUCCACAGGGGCUGGGAAAGCACCCUUGUCUGUAGAAGAUGACUUUGAGAAGCUUAUUUGGGAAAUCUCAGGAGGCAAACUGGAAGCAGAAAUUGACCUGGACCCAGGGAAGGAUGAGGAUGACCUCCUCCUGGAACUUUCGGAAAUGAUUGACAGUUGAACUGCAGAGUCUUAAGGUCUUAAAAAAAAAAAAAAAAAAAAUUAAAACUGUCUCUUGUUUGGAUACCUGGAGGCGAUCCUUUUUCUAGCUGAGGCUUUGCAAUGAGUUUUAAAGCACAGUUGAACUGGUAGGAAUUGGCGAUAUCUGCACUUGGUUGUCCUAAAUUUCCCUGCUGGUCAGAGUCAAGGUCCUGUGCAUCCAUUCUGUACCUGUCGCUACCUUCGGCAUUAAGAGGACAAAGCACUUGUUUAUUUUGGGACAGAGACGUGCCCAUCUGCAAACUGCGGUGGUUGUGAACUGAUCUGCUGAUUCAGUGAUGCUCUGACGGCUUAAACUUAAAGCUUCUGCCUUCCUCCCCCCUUGGCAAAACUCAACAUUCAGCGCGUUUCAGACCUUUGGUAUUCCGAUUUCUUGGACAGUUGAUAUCUAAAGCCUGGAGUUACUAUGUCAACUCUUGAGUUUUAUUUAUGUAUGCUAUUCUUUUGACUUUUAAUCAACUUAAUGAAAAUGUUGGGGUGGGAGGGAGCGGAAUAGUUACUCAAGUAUCUUGGACCAAACGUGCUGCCAAGGGUGGUGGUGGGGCUCGGUCCAUCCAGCCUUAUUUUGAAUUAUCAGGGACGAUCCGGUAUCGGUGCGAAAAGCAGCAGCUCGACAGCACAGCUGGAAUAGGUGGAAUCCCCCCUCCCAAAGUUUGGAGGGGGGGGGGGUUGGUGCUUUUCGCCGCUCUGACCGGGAUUCUGGUGGGGGUACUCAGGAUUCCUCUCCUAGUCUGCAGUAAAUUGGGAAACUAAGAACUGGUUUAAGUGCCUCUUGGUUCCGAGAAUCGCUCUCCUGAGCUGCUGGCUCUUCUGCUGCUGGGAAGUGGCAGCUGCUCGGGCUCGUCUUUGUCCUGUUGGCACCGACCCAGGGAGGGAGUGUGUGCCCGGUCUGGAGACCUUGGAACCCGGUACUGCCCAGGACCAACCGCCCUGCCCUUUUUUGGGGGCAUUUCCCAGAGAUUCUCCCCUUUCCCACCGCUGUGGCUGGAGGCGAUGGGUGUCUGCAUGCACUCUGAAUUUGUUACCCUGCAGAAAACAGCCGAGACGGGGAUGUAUUGUGUACCCUGCCACCAGUGAUCGUUUUCCCUUGCAGAUAUAUUUUGAAUUAUUUUCUUAAAUUUUUUUUGAAGAACUUUAGUCUCUUUCUGCUACAACUCGUGAAGCUGUAGGAGCCCUCAGGCGUUUGCUGCUGGCAGAGGAAAUAAAUCAGUAGUUUGAGUUGAUUGUAAAUAUGUUCUUUUUUGGAAGAAAACACUUUUUGUGUGCUUGGAUCAUCCACUGUGAUGUCUUAGUUCCUAGAGGAAAAGGUUGAAGACGGGCUUUUGUUUCUGUAAAUAUUUUAUCCUUCUGUUUUAUAUUUGUAUUCUAUUUAAGGUAUUGUAUUAAACGUAGUCUGGCCUCCUC